AGGUGCCGCCGCCGCCGCCUCCCGGGGAGAGGAGUCGUCUCGGAUCCGGCCGGCGGCCGCCCAGGCCGGGGAGGAGCCGCCGGAGAAGCGAUGCAGGAAGCCAUUGCCAUCACUGAGCAGCCAGUCUCGAUCUCUGUUCCAGUGGGAUACUCCUUCACACUGCGGUGCCGAGCCGAGGGCCGCACCUUGCUGCAGUACCAGUGGUUUUGUCAGCAUCAGUCUGACUGCCGCCAGAUUCCUGGAGCAACCAACCCAGACUUGCCCAUUGUUGCAGAGCAGACCAAGCUCUACACAUGCAGAGUCAAUGACCUCUACAGAAAUGCUGUCUUUUCUGACUGGGUGAAGGUGGAGGUCCAUCAGUGUGUUGCCAGAGGUUUGCCCCCUCGGCUGUGGCGAGGAGAGCCUGUCAUCAUCCUCAACCCCACGGAGCAGCGUGUGGAGGUGGGGAAGCCACUGCAGCUGCAGUGUGCUGCCAUGGGGGUCCCAGCCCCCUGCUACCAGUGGUACCGGAAUGGGAACCUGCUGGAACAACACAAGAGAAAAAAACUCUGGAUCACCCAUGCCAAGGUCAGUGACUCGGGCACGUACCUUUGCUGCGCCUCCAACAGUCACGGAGAGCACUGGACCAACGCUGUGGACAUUUACGUAGGUACAUGUGGGUCUGAGAAGUUUUUUGCUACAGGCAAAAUAGCACUUUUAGUGGGCAACAACUGCUACCAGCAUCAUCCCAACCUCAUGGCUCCUGUCAAGGAUGUGUUUGAGCUGAGUCAUCUUCUGGAGCAGCUGGGCUUCCAGGUUGUCUCCCUCCUGGAUCUGAACAAGGCUGAGAUGGCGGCAGCGGUCAGUCAGUUCCUGCAGCUCCUGGGGAAGGGAGUCUAUGCUAUAUUCUACUAUGCCGGGCAUGGGUAUGAACAUUUGGGGAGGAACUACAUGGUCCCUGUUGAUGCCCCCCAGCCCUACACCCCUGAGAACUGCAUCAGCGUUCAGAGGAUCCUCCAGAAGAUGCAGCAGCAGCAGACAGCCCUGAACGUCAUCCUGCUGGACACCUGCAGGAAGUGGUACAACUCAGGACGUGCCCUCUCCCAGGUGCAGCCGCUGGAGCCCUGGGGAAAUACUGUCUAUGGCUAUGCCACGAGCGAAGAUGCAGAAGCCUAUGAACUGCAGGAUGGGGAGUUCAGCUCUGGGAUCUUCAUGAAAUACCUGAAGAAACACAUUCUGAAAGAGAAGAAGGUUACACACAUGUUGGAGGAUGUCUUAGAAGACAUUGGCCGGGAUCCCCUGGUCACUGGGAAGCAGGUAAUGGAGAUCAAACACACCCUGAAGGAAGCCCGGUCUCUGACAGACCCCAUCUGUCCCUCCAGCUCAGGUGCCAAGUGCUGGGGACACAGCCAUGAGUCGCUGAGCAGAAUGCUGACCUUCCCCUGCGGGGCCCGGGCAGAGCUCCGCUUCCUGCGGCUCUUCUCCAACCUGAUGUCUGUAUGUGCAAAGCUGCAGCCCCCCCCCGCCCAUGUCACUGCCCCCUUCCUCCUGCUCUGCCAGCCCCCGGAGAUGGAGGCCUUGGCCAUGCAGAGGGAGAGCCAUCUGGACCAUGUGGAGACUCUGCUUGCCUCCGUGUACAAGUGGGAGGAGCUGGACUGCGUCUUCCAGCUCUGUGGACUUCAGAAAAUUCAGACGGAUGUGGUCCUGCAGUUGGAUUUGCAUUACACCCAGCCGAGCACAAAGCAGAGGACUUGUGAAAGCCUGCAAACAACCCUCCAGAAAUCCCUGCUGGGGCAGUUUUUCAGCCAGAGGAACAACUCUCAGCCAGACUCCCAGCAAACUACUUGUGGCACAGGCAGUGUGUGUCUCCAGGACACACCAGACCCAAAGGGACAAGGAUCCCGGAGGACAGGCUCUGGCCACAGCUUGCCCAGCAGCAGCCCCUCCACCUUCAACAGCGAGCCCGAGGAGAACGACGAGAGUGACCUGGGUGAGCUCUGCUCAGCGCUGCUUCGGGCUGGCCCCUGACCCUCUGCCCUGGUUUUAACUGAGGCAGUAGCUCUUCAAGUGCUGAAUCCAUCAGAAUCCACAGCUGCCUCCUAGUCUCAGCAUCGCCCUGUCCCACUGAGGCCAAGGAUGCUUUCUGGGAAAGGUUUCUCCCAUCCUCACUCUGUGGUGUGCAGGGCCUGAAGCCCACUGGGACUACCCCCGGUUCCACGUGAGCAUCGGGAUCAGUGGGCAGUCACUGUAGUGUCUGCAGAGGACAGUGCCACCCCUGUGGACAGUCAUAACACUGCCAAGGCAUUGCUACAAGUCAAGGGCACUGCUGGUAUUUUCUGCCUGAAAACAAACGUUGCAGCAUUAAAUGUGAUGAGAAACCCCCAAACACUACAGCCCUGGCUCCAGUCCCAGCCAUGGCUGCUGGCUCCCAUCACACCUGUACAAGGGACAUGGGGCUGCGCCAAGGGGACCAGGUGAAAUGGUGUGAGCUCUCCCUGGGGUCACUGUGGUUUUCUUCCCAUGCUUGUGUCAAAGCAGGUGUUAAGUUAUGCACUUAUGUGUUUCUGAAGAAUGUAUUUAUAAUUGGGGUGACAGUCACUUGCCAGGAAAAGGAAGUUCUGUCCAGUGUGUGUUUAGGGGGAGGCUGGUUUUUCCACCAGGAACAGCCACCAGGAGUAGCAGAUACACUGACACCUGCCCCUUCCAGCAUGGUCCAAGGGGCAUUAAAAGGUGUUCAGCCCCGUGCAGUCCCCAGUUCCUCUCAGGUGCGGUGUCCUACAGGAGAGAUGA